AGGACGGGUGGCAGAGCUCCGGCGGUGAUUUUAGGAGCGGAGAGAAUCUAUCGACGUCGAAUCCUCGGGUAGCUAGAGCCUCAAUCAUCAUGGGUAAGGAGAAGAUCCACAUAAACAUCGUGGUGAUCGGCCACGUGGAUUCCGGCAAGUCCACGACGACCGGUCAUCUGAUCUACAAAUGCGGCGGCAUCGACAAGCGGACGAUCGAGAAAUUCGAGAGGGAGGCGCAGGAGAUGGGCAAGGGCUCGUUCAAGUACGCCUGGGUGCUGGACAAGCUCAAGGCGGAGCGCGAGCGCGGCAUCACCAUCGACAUCGCCCUGUGGAAAUUCGAAACGGCCAAGUACUACGUCACCAUCAUCGACGCGCCCGGUCACCGUGACUUCAUCAAGAACAUGAUCACCGGCACCAGCCAGGCCGACUGCGCGGUGCUGAUCGUCGCGGCCGGUAUCGGCGAGUUCGAGGCCGGUAUUUCGAAAAACGGACAGACCCGCGAGCACGCCCUCCUCGCCUUCACCCUCGGCGUCAAACAGUUGAUCGUCGGUGUGAACAAAAUGGAUUCUACCGAGCCCCCGUACUCCGAGACCCGGUUCGAGGAAAUCAAGAAGGAAGUCUCGUCCUACAUCAAAAAGAUCGGCUACAACCCGGCCGCUGUUGCAUUCGUGCCGAUCUCCGGCUGGCACGGAGACAACAUGCUGGAGGUGUCCGCCAAGAUGCCCUGGUUCAAGGGAUGGGCCGUGGAGCGUAAGGAAGGCAAGGCCGAAGGUAAAUGCCUUAUCGAAGCUCUGGACGCUAUCCUGCCGCCCACUAGACCGACUGACAAGGCACUCCGUCUUCCCCUUCAGGACGUGUACAAGAUCGGCGGUAUUGGAACAGUACCCGUCGGUCGUGUCGAGACUGGUGUACUGAAGCCCGGUAUGGUCGUUACAUUCGCACCCGCUGGAUUGACCACUGAAGUUAAGUCCGUCGAAAUGCACCACGAAGCUCUGACGGAGGCCGUGCCCGGCGACAACGUUGGUUUCAACGUCAAGAACGUGUCCGUUAAGGAAUUGCGCCGUGGAUACGUCGCCGGAGACUCCAAGAACAACCCGCCCAAGGGUGCCGCUGACUUCACCGCACAGGUAUAUGCUCAUUACGCUUAA